AUGUGUUGUCCUCCUGCAUGGUGGGUGGCUGCUGGCGUUUUGUGCCUUCCUUGCGUGGAUGCCGUCUCGUGGUGUGUGAAGUGUGCGGCUGGGCCUGCUGCCCUCUCCUCAUGUUGUCUGCUCUCUUUCUCGCUGCAUCCGCUGCACUCCGUUCCUCUCCCUCCUGUUGCAUUCUUUUCCUUCUGGCUCACAGAUCAGCUGAUUGACUCCAGCGACUCCACUACGGGUGACGAUGGCUGCGAUGGUGACGAUGGUGACGGUGCGGCUCCGUGUGGUGCGCGCCGUGUUGGUCCUUGCGCUCUUGCUGCUGCUCGGAGUCCUGGAGAUGUAUCUGGUGCUGCGGAUGCGGUGGUUGUGCCGGUGGAUGUGUCGUGUGCUCCGAGUGACGGCAGCCUGAGCUAUCGUGUGUGUGCGUGUGUGGAAGAAGUGUUCUGCAGCCAGUGCUGA